AAAACCAAACGCUUUCUAAACCAAACACUCCUUGUCGGUCGCCGCUAGCUCCUCCAACCUCGUUGGCCGUUGCCGUCUCCGUCUCGCCCGCCCAUCUACGCGGCGAGAUCUGCUCGCGCCGCGCCGAGGCGCAGGCGCCUCUCCUUGCCAGGCGUGACACAGACGAACUGGUGCCGCCUCUGCUGGGGCUUGGUCCUCCCAGCCGAGCGCGCCUCAUCCGGAUCUUGCGACGACGGUGCCCAAGCUCCCGGCCUCCCUUUCGCAUCCCUGCUGCGAGCCGUCGGUCUCCGGAAAGAGUUAGAGCCGUCGGUCUCCGUAAAGAAUUGGAGCCGCCAGGCGCCUUGAGAAGGGUUUUGUCCCGGGAUGUCGUCGUCGGGGAAGAUGGAGGGGCCGUCUGCCCCGGUGGUGCGUCGGGAUCCCUACGAGGUGCUCAGCGUUCCCAGAGAUUCCUCCGACCAGGAGAUCAAGUCCGCCUACCGGAAGCUCGCACUCAAGUACCACCCUGACAAGAAUGCUAGCAACCCAGAAGCAUCGGAACUCUUCAAAGAAGUUGCAUAUUCUUAUAGCAUCUUGUCAGAUCCUGAGAAAAGAAGGCAGUAUGAUACUGCUGGUUUUGAGGAGUUAGAAAAUGAAGGAAUGGAUAUGGAAAUUGAUUUGUCCAAUCUUGGAACUGUGAACACAAUGUUUGCAGCACUUUUUAGCAAGCUUGGUGUUCCUAUCAAGACCACAAUAUCUCCUACUGUGCUGGAAGAGGCCAUGAAUGGCACAGUUACAGUGAGACCACUCCCUGUUGGAACAUCAGCUACGGGAAAGGUUGAUAAGCAAUGCGCUCAUUUUUUUGGCGUAACAAUAAGUGAAGAGCAAGCUCAUUCUGGAAUGGUUGUCAGAGUGACUUCACCUGCUCAAAGUAAAUUUAAGCUUCUUUACUUCGAGCAAGAAGUUAAUGGAGGUUAUGGACUUGCUUUGCAGGAAGAUAGUCAAAAGACUGGCAAGGUAACAUCAGCAGGCAUGUAUUUCUUGCAUUUCCAGGUGUAUCGUAUGGACUCAACAGCGAAUGCGUUGGCAAUGGCCAAAGAUCCUGAAGCUGCCUUCUUUAAAAGGUUGGAAGGUCUCCAACCCUGCGAAGUUUCAGCUCUCAAAUCUGGAACCCAUAUAUUUGCUGUAUAUGGUGACAAUUUUUUCAAGCCAGCUAGCUAUAUGAUUGAAGCGAUGUGCGCAAAGAGUUAUGAAGACACAACAGAGAGGCUGAAAGAGAUAGAAUCUAAAAUUCUAGCUAAGCGAAAUGAUCUGCGUCAAUUUGAAACUGAGUACAGAAAAGCUUUGGCACGAUUUCAAGAAGUCACCAACAGAUAUACACAAGAGAGAGAAGCGGUUGAUGAUAUGCUGAGAGAGAGGGACAAUAUCCAUUGCUCGUUCACAACUGAACGAACUUUGGCAAACCCUGUUGGUGUCGGUAGUAGCAGUAGGUAUACCAUCGAGCAGAGCAUUCCUGAGAGCCCUGAGAAUGGUAGCGUAGAUGGCAGAGACAAAUCUGGCAAAAAGAAGUGGUUUAAUCUAAACCUUAAUAGGUCCGACAAGAAAGCCUGAUGAAUCUUUUGUCAGGGAACGUCAUGUGUUUUCACUUUGUUGUACAUUUUGGAAUCCCUAUUGUAUUCAUGCCGUAUGAGUUCUUUGGUUCCCAGUUCUCUGGGAGUUUUGUAGCAUAUAGCAGUUUUGGGUACAACUUUCUAUUCUCAUGUAUGUAUUAUCCUAAG